ACAUGUUAACAUGGAAGAAAAUACUAGUAGCAUGAAACCUCAACUUCCACAGAAACGUUAUUAUCGUCAACGUGCUCAUUCAAAUCCUAUUGCAGACCACUGUAUUAAUUAUUUCUCUACAUCUGUCCAGCCCAGUAUCCCCAGGUCGCAUGGACUGGUCUUCCUACUAUCCAGCUUUCUGUUCACCACCAGAGAAAGAGAAGAGGGUUGAGUUUGCUGAUAUUGGUUGUGGCUAUGGAGGACUGUUGGUAGCACUUUCUCCUUUGUUUCCACAAACCUUAAUGCUGGGCAUGGAAAUCAGAGUUAAAGUUUCAGACUACGUCCAAGACAGAAUUAAAGCACUACGAGCCCAGAAUCCUGGACAGUAUGAUAACAUUGCUUGUGUACGAACUAAUGCCAUGAAAUAUCUGCCAAAUUAUUUCUACAAAGGUCAGCUCACCAAGAUAUUCUUCCUGUUUCCAGACCCACACUUCAAGAAACAGAAGCAUAAAUGGAGGAUUAUUAGCCCACAACUACUGACAGAAUAUGCCUAUGUGCUUAAAAUAGGGGGAUUAGCUUACACUGUGACAGACGUUAAGGACCUUCAUGAUUGGAUGGUACAACAUUUUACAACACAUCCCUUGUUUGAGCAGAUUCAAGAGUCCGAACUAAAAGGUGACAUUGUAGUAAAUCAGCUUUUUGAAAGUUCCGAGGAAGGGAAGAAAGUCACUCGGAAUCAGGGAGAGAAAUUCUUGGCAGUAUUCCGUAGAGUCGACGAUCCAGCUAUUUGCACUGGCUAACAGACGUGUAAAGAAGUUUGUUCUUCACUCAGAAGUCUUCAUCACUAGGCGAAAGAUCUCCUUUUGUAUAUACCUCUUCAUCAUACACUGGAAAGUUGCUUCGCAAGGCUUCUAACUCCUCCAGCUGAGCCUAAAAUGAAGACAAUCUUACAGCUCGAAUAACAAAUAUUAAGUGUCAAAUUAUGUACAUAGUUUAUAUUAAUAAAAUCAUGCUAGAAAUAA